AUGAGUAACAAUGCCGCUGUAUUCUGUCUUUUGUUGUCCGUUUUAUCAGUCGUAAUUUUUUCAUUCGGAUUCUUCCGCCAGCGAAAUUCUUUAAACGGAAAUGAGAGUGUUUGUGCGGAAGACAGGUCUAAAAUACGAAGUAAUUCAAAGUUUGUACUUGUUGUUAUUGAUGCAUUUGCUUUUGAAUUUGUCAACGAGUAUCCGGAAGAGUUGAAGUUUUUGCUAAACAAAAGUGAUCGAUUGUUUAAAGCUCAUGUUCAGGCACCUACAGUAACUCUACCAAGGUUGAAGGUAACGUUGUGUGUUAGAUGUUCUAUUUGUAGGCUAUUGUAUCAGGAACAGUGCCUACUUAUCUCGAUGUUAUAUUUAAUUACGCAACUUUGGAGUUCAAGGAGGAUAAUUGGAUCAAGAGAGCUAAGGAUAAUGGAUAUCGGUAAGAUUAUUUGAUAUAUUAUUGAUCACGUUUCUCCAUUGUGUAAUAUUUUAGUAUUCGUUUUUAUGGCGACGAUACCUGGCUGAAGAUGUUUCCCACCGCUUUUGAUAAAUAUGAUGGCACUGUUUCGUUUUAUGUAACUGACUACACAGAGGUUGACAACAACGUAACCCGACAUUUGGAUUACGACUUGAGCCAUCAAGACGAGUGGGAAGUCAUGAUUUUACAUUAUCUCGGGCUUGAUCACAUUGGCCAUUCAUUGGGUGGGAAAUCAGAAAAGAUUAGAGAGAAACUUAAGGAAAUGGACGGAAUUGUCGAAGAUAUCAGCAUGAAAUUGGCAAGUAAUAAAGGUUCUUCUGACUUUGUUAUUAUAGAAUGGAAAUUACACGAUGAUAAUAUUGGGAGAUCACGGGAUGACCGAGAAUGGAGGGCAUGGAGGAAGUGAACCCCGGGAAAGUUAUGUCCCCAUCAUUAUGAAAACGAAUGGAAUGAGUGACAAUCGCGGACAAGGUAUCAGACUUUUUUGUUUUGACGUGGAAGAGAAGUUUUCGUUUUUUUUGGGUAAUAAUAACAUAAACCAGAAAUUAGGGGGUCCCUUCGGGCCCCCCUAAUUUCUGGAACUUUUACUUGUUCUUUUACUCCUGCUUAUUGAUUUUUUAAAACUUUUCCAAAGGCUCGGGGUGACAUGCCUGAUUCAAGUACUCAAGCUCGCAAUAAUCUAUACAGUUUCAAAUGAAAGGCUCGGGGGCCUGCGGCCCCCUCGCACGUGAAAAAGUUUCCAAACUCCUAACUUUUCAUCAAAACCUUUUCAUCACAACCCAAAUUGGGGAUGAUGUUUCAUUACGUACUCAACCCAAGACAUAUAAAGGUACCCACUCUGCAUAACUCAGCCUGUACUUGAACCCGACCACACUCCGCUCCUGCAUUUAUCUUCUACAAAAAAGCUCGGGGGCCUACGGCCCCCUCGCAAAACCAAUUUUCAAAUUUAUAAUUUUUUCGUGAAACUUUUCAAACCGAAACUUCUCCCCAAAGAAACCUAAAUUUUUUGAUUUAUCUUCACCAUACUACUUUAUACUUUACUCAACCCAAAACGAAUAAGUAACAACUCUGCACCACUCAACUGUAGUUGAACCCGACCGCACCCCGCACUUGCAUUUUACUGACUGACUGCUCCGCAAACCAAAACUUUUAAAAUGAUUUUGAAUUUCCCAGAGGUUUUCAUUUUCUCAUCAAUUUUCCAAAAUCAACCGACAUUUUUUCCCAAAUUUUUCAAAAUGAAUCUGAUCGGCUUCAUUUUGAGCGGACAGACAGACAGACGGACAGAAAAUGCGACAUUCUUCUGCAUUUAUCAGGGGGAUUGUUUGUGAAAUCGCAACCUUCGGGCGAAACUAAAUAGACUGAAGCUAAUAUUAAUUUGCCUAUUAUGAUUUGAACGAUUAAUAAGUUUUGUUUUUAGUGAAGUUAAUAGAGCAAGUGGAUGUUAUUCCUACCAUAUCCGAGAUUCUUAAUUUGUGUAUACCCCUUAAUAAUCUUGGAAUAUCAUUUAAUGCGCCAUCGGGUGAUGAUAACAAAAACGCAUUUGAAAUUUUGGCCAAAAAUGUAAAACAAUUUGUUAACCUAUUCAAAUAUGAGAUGGAUUUAUCAAGUAAGUAUUAAUCUACGUCAUAUACUAUAUCAUACUUAAACAAAUAUUUUUGAAUUUUUUGUAGAUCUUGAAAGGUAUUGCAAAGUGGAAAAGAAUUAUGAAAAAUGUCGAGUUGAGAUGAGGAAUAUCCAAUUUGAUGUCCUCAACUCUCUGCAGAAUCUGGAUUACAACUCUAUUUACUUGUCUUUCCUCCUGAUGAUUACGGUAAGAGUUAUAUUUAUGAAUAAUUCCUUUUCAGGGGUUCCUUUCCUUUAUUUUCUUUGUCGAUCUGCACAAACUUCGUUACAUUGAUCUGGGUUUUAUUGUAAUUCCAUCAUUUCUUUGGGGUUCGUCAAGUUUUAUUGAAGAAGAACAUGACGUUUUGUAAGUUAUGAUGAUGAAACUAAACUGUUUAUUUAGAAAUUUUAUUGUGCCAAGCUUCGUUCUUGCCAACCUUCUGAUCACCGAGAAGCCAACCAAAGUCUUUGUAAUCAAUGCUUUCUUUCUCAUGGUCGUCCAUAGAAUUGUAAGAAUUCCUUAUGAAUUUAAAAGAAGAAGAUGGUUGAUGGAAGAUAUCCAAGAGCCGGAAUAUACUUAUAUAAUGUAAGCGUGGUUACAACGAUAACUGUUUUUCAGAGUGAUAUUAUUCUUUAUUACCGCAUUAAUUCCGGUUGUCAAAGAUUGGUGGACCUUGAGAAAUACACGAAAAGAUUUCAAAUUACUGGUUAAUAUUUCAAUUGUAACAGUAAUUACGUUGGUAAAGCAUGGAUUUAUUGAGUAGGUCAAUCAAAGGAAUACUCCAAUUUUCAGACUCCCCGUUUACCCACAACUACUUGUUAUGGCGACAUUUUUUACUGUAAAUAUUCACUUCGGGUUGUCCCUUUGGUAUUAUUUUAUAUGUGAUUUCAAAGAUCUGAUCUCAGUGUUGUUGUGUCAAACAGCAGGAAUUUACGUUACAAGGUUAAAGCUGGAGAGCAGCUCAUUGCUUGUCCUUGUUUUGUCAGCCUCUUUCUUUUAUACCGUAAGUGUGUAAGUUAAAUUUAUCUUAAUUGUAGGGAGCAAGCAAUACAUUAAGUUCUGUGGAUGUGAAUGGUGGAUAUGCGGGUCUCAGAGGAUACAAUAUUGUUAUCGUUGGAGCUCAAAUUGCUCUAAAAGCUUAUUUAGGUCCCAUUAAUGUUUUCUUGGGAAGGUAAGCGACAUAUUAUAUCAAUGCCUCGGAUGUUCUAGUGAACUGCACAGCCAGAAGAAACAUGACGAUUUUCUUCCAUUGAUGACACUCUUCCGGUGCUUGUCGAUGACUGUGAUUACCGUAAUCCUCUUUUGGCAACGUAACCAUCUGUUUGUUUGGAGUGUUUUUGCUCCGAAAUUCCUGUUCGAGAGUACCCAUCUCCUUGUUUUUACUGUUUUCUCUCUGCCUAAAUUAAUUUGCAACAGGUAA